AUGGCAAAGAUUGCCGUCUUUACAUCCAACAAGUCAGCGCAGAAAACUUUUUAUCUUGAAGAAUCACUUGACAGGAAUGACUCAACAGAAACAAAGACUCACAGCCAUUCAUUGACACAGAAUGUGCUAAAGGAUGCAGAAGACAUCUCCUGUGAAGGAGCACAUGCCGGAAAGAAAGCACAGGCAUGUCCUCCCGUUGGGGAAGGCUCCCAAAGGCCAAGUGACCAUAAGACACCUAAGAGAACACACACUGAAGAGAAAUGGCAUGAAUGUCUCAUCUGUGGGAAAGUCUUCAAAAGGCUAAGUGUCCUUAAGAAACAUAGCCUACUGCACACUGGAGAGAAACCCUAUGAAUGUCGCACCUGUGGGAAAGCGUUCACUAGCCCAUCUUCUCGUGCCACACAUGAGAGAAUACACACUGGAGAGAAACACUAUGAAUGUUACUUCUGUAGGAAAGCCUUCACUUGGCCUUCUCACUGUGCCUCACAUGAGAGAAUACACACAGGAGAGAAACCCUAUGAAUGUCACACUUGUGGGAAAGCCUUCACUACGUCAUCUCAACACACUGCACAUGAGAGAAUACACACUGGAGAGAAACCCUAUGAAUGUUACUUCUGUGAGAAAGCCUUCAGUCGGUCAUUUCACCGUGCCACACAUGAGAGAACACGCACUGGAGAGAAACCCUAUGAAUGUCGCACCUGUGGGAAAGCCUUCCGUCAGUCAUUUCAACGUGCCUUACAUGAGAGAACACACACUGGAGAGAAACCCUAUGAAUGUCGCACCUGUGGGAAAGCCUUCCGUCGGUCAUGUCACCGUGCCACACAUGAGAGAACACACACUGGAGAGAAACCCUAUGAAUGUCGCACCUGUGGGAAAGCCUUCAGUCGGUCAUUUCAACGUGCCACACAUGAGAGAACACACACUGGAGAGAAACCCUAUGAAUGUCGCACCUGUGGGAAAGCCUUCCGUCGGUCAUUUCAACGUACCUCAUAUGAGAGAACACACACUGGAGAGAAACCCUAUGAAUGUCACACCUGUGGGAAAGCCUUCAGUCAGUCAUCUGAUCGUGCAAGACAUGAGAGAAUACACACUGGAGAGAAACCCUAUGAAUGUCGCACCUGUGGGAAAGCAUUCACUAGUCCAAGGUAUUGUGCCACACAUGAGAGAACACACACUGGAGAGAAACCCUAUGAAUGUCGCACCUGUGGGAAAGCCUUCACUACGUCAUCUUACUGUGCUAUACAUGAGAGGAUACACACUGGAGAGAAGCCCUGA